GAUCAAACAUUCAUAUUUGUUUAUUGAACCUUUCGAGCCAAUUGUGCAUGGAACUUUUAGUGUUGAUCAAUAUAAAUUUUGGUAUAUAAUAGAUCAAAUAAGAGACUUUUUAAGUGAAAUAAAGUCAGGAUGUUGUGGGUUUGGACAUCCAGAUUAUGAUGG